UGUGUUUUUUUCCCCCUGUGAGAUAUCACCUCAUAGCAUAAUGCGUUUGCUGAAGAACACUAUUGUUGAUGGUAAUGAUGAUAAAAAAAAAUGGCUAUGCAUUUAUAUUAAUCAUCCUAAACUUACAGUCUGCCCACUUGACUUAUCUACUUCCCGUCUAUUUCCACUUAGCGUAAGUGUUUAAAAAAGCUUGAAGACCACAAGGCUGUGUAUGUGACUUUUUCCACAGUGCUUUAUUUAUACAGUACAACAAAAACCGGUGCUCUCGCCACACACCAGGCCAGCACCGGGCGAGGAGGAGAGAGAAAUUAUUAGCAGGCAAUGACUGACAAGGGCCAGGGAAUUUCAGGACAUCAGGGAUACACCCCUGCAAGACGUGCCAAGGGAUUUUUAAUGACCACAGAGAGUCAGGACCUUGGUGUAAGGUCUCAUCAGUGGGGUUUUUUUUUACAGUGUAGCGUCCCCGUCACUAUACUGGGGCAUUAGAAGCAACACAGACAGGUUGAGUACCCCCUGCUGGCUCCACUAGCACUAGUUUAACCUGUUAGUCUCAACCCUGCUUAGUUUCAGCGGGCAGCCUUGGCUUGAUUUGUGGUAUUGCUCCAAAGUAGUAACAUUAAAUACAGUGCAACCAUAAUCACAAACUUCUAUAGGUGAAAAACAAUUAACGCUGACCAUGCUGACCUUAACCUUAACGAGUAAUACCUAAGACCAGAGGAAAUGAUAGAUGAAUGACUGACGUAAGCGGCAAAAACUGAUCGCAAGACCUAAAUUGCACAAAAACGGGUUUUUCUUCCGAUUGUUUAAUCACAGUGCUGUUCCAGGGUCGACGAUGUUAAUUCGGGAACAUGUCAAACUUGGUAAAAUCAGGUUUUGCGUGUGAGCGCAGCGCCGAUGAAACAAACAAUAAGAAAAUACCCGGAUGAGACUCGGUCACUUCUAAAGGUAUAGAAAUCGAGACAGACCAGUAGAGACCCUCCCUGCAGGUUACACCAGUAGGAGGCGACAAAUAACUGCUUUGAGGUGAUUUACGCGCUAAUAAUUUAAUCGACCGAUUCGUUAAAAACUGUUCAAACACCGAUUCAUCACCUCUUCUUAUAACAGAGUGUUCGCGCGUUUUAUCACGAAUGGCGUCCGAAUGGAGGCGUCGGUUCAAAUCCUCGCAGACAGCAGCUUUUUAGGGCAGCGGGACAACAAAUGAUAUAAUUUCCUUACAUCGGUCGACCCAUCUUCUCAAUUGGCGGGGUUCGGUCUAUUAAUGGAGGCCUGGGUUCAAAGCCCCCUGACACUUUCGCAGUGAAUGAACAAAAGUAGCUGCAAGCAGUCGUUUCGAUCUAAACACCGCAGCCCUGUCGAUAUUCACAACCCCGACGGCUAUCAACCAGCAGACACUUGUCUGUUUAAGGGUUCGGGGUCGUGUAGAAAUACCUCAACGUUGCCACUCUUUUACGGCGUAUGUGUCUGUCACGCGUGCCGCAGCAAGCAUCGCUGUCCCGGCGUCUCUCCUCCCUCUCGCGGCAUGGAAGCACUUUCUCUCUACACCACCCCUUAUCACGUCCCAUUCACGGCAUCAUGGCGUUUGAGGGUGGGGGGCGGAGCUGUGGUGUUCAUGAACUCAUCUGCGCUAGAAGAGUAUCUCCUGAACUGCUAGGUGUCCUCUCCUCCAUUGCUGUCUUCAUGGCCGUGAUCGCUCUGUUUUUUCUUUACCUCAGCAGCAAGCUUUCAGUGGAGAGCCCGAGCAGUGAGCUGCCACGUUUUGAAGGUUUUAACAAAGGUGUGCAAGAAUUUAUGUUGUGGGUGGGCAGAGACAGCGAAGGCACAAAGCAAUGGCAUUUUUCAAGAGCUUCCAACAGAGCCUUCCUUCUGUCAGUUCCCUCCUGGACACUGUCUCAAACACUGUCUCAACUGCCGUUGACGAUUUGUCCACUGCGGUCAGUGAUGUUACCUACACUGUCAGUGACCAACUAACGGAGCAGGUCAAUACAAUCAUCAACAAAGUACAGACCGAAGAAGAUGACAAAUCAGGCAAAGAGGAUGCUGAAGGUUCUUCAGAAGCUGACCAAAAGGAGAGGAAGAGCAGUAAGCUGAAGCGUCAAGAGACAGAGGGUAAUGCAGACGGUGGAGAAGGAGAAGGUCGAAAGAGCCGAAAAUCGAAAAAGAACUCUAUGUGGACUAUUGAAAUAGAUGAAGAGGAAGUAAAGAGGGAAAAAGAAAGACAAGAGGAAGCAAGAAAGGCUGAGGAGGAGGAGUGGGAGUGGUGUUACGCUCCCUCUAAAGGUUGGUAUCGUAAAAGAAGGGACCCAAACCAACCACAAAGCUCGUCUCCGACCUCAGACAAUCAAACAUCAAAGGAGGCAGAGUCCAUCUCUCAGGAAGAGAAUACUUCCUCAUCUGGCAAACACAAGAAUGAAGUUGACGACCACAAUGAAAAAGCUAAUGGGAUGCACCCAGGUAAUAGUCAGGACUCUCAGGAAAUUUCUGGUGAUACUGAUAUAUCAGCAUCAAAGCAUGAAAAGAAUGGAGAGCACAAUAGAGUUGAAGAAGAUGAUACAAGCAGAAGAAAAGACCAAGGAGGUAAAGAUGGGGGUUGUCCAGAAAAAGGAUCAUCUGAAAGCGAGGACGAAUCACCAAAAAGACACAAGGACUCAUCCUCUCAUGAGCAGAGAAGUGGGUGGAGAGACAAAGAUGCAGAGAAGGAAGACUGCAGCAGUGAGGCCUCUGCUGAACAGGUUAAAAGGAAAAAAGGUUCAAGUUCCCUGAAUGAACUUCAGCCUCCACCGUACCGGGACAAAGAUGAUCUCAAGGGAGGCUCAAGGGGCCGCAGUGACUCAGCAGAGGGCAGUGGAAGUGAGAUCAGUGAGGGCAGUGAAGACCCUGAGGACACAGAGAGUUACCUGAAUAAGGGCUAUGAGGAGGACGCACCUAGUGACAGCACAGCUGUUUUGGGCCCGGAGGAUAGCUUACUCCCACCACUUCCAGAAACAUAUGAACCAGAGGCACUGGGGAAAUACGGCACACUGGAUGUAGCAUUUGAAUAUGACCCUAGUGAACAACGGCUUGCUGUGACAGUGACCGCUGCCACAGAUAUUCCAACCCUCAAGAGCACAGGAAAUAUUUCCUGGCAGGUCCACUUGGUCCUGCUGCCCACCAAAAAGCAGAGGGCUAAGACAGGAGUGCAGAAGGGACCCUGUCCCGUCUUCACUGAGACAUUUCGCUUCUCGUGUGUGGAGAAGGAGGCCUUGGGGGACUAUGCAGUCCGGUUCCGUCUCUACAGUGUGAGGCGCAUGAAGAAGGAGAAGGUCCUAGGGGAGAAGGUGUUCUACUUAACCAAACUCAACCUGCAGGGCAAGCUUGCCCUGCCUGUUACACUGGAGCCUGGCACAUCUGUUCCUGGCUGUGGAUCAGUGGUGAGUGUCUCUCGUAGUGCGGGAGCUCUGUCAUACCGCUCAACUGGUGAAUCCUCCACUCCAGAGCUUCUGCUGGGUCUCCUCUACAACUCCACCACAGGAAGAUUGUCUGCCGAGGUUAUCAAAGGCAGCCAUUUUAAAAACUCUGCCACCGAUAAGCUGCCCAUUGGCCUGUUUUGUUGUGUAAAACACUUCAUUAGUGGGCAGCUAUAUAUCAUGAGAGACACGUACGUGAAGCUUACAAUGCUGGACUCCAAAGGAAAAGAGAUGUCCAAAUGUAAGACCUCCGUUUGCCGCGGCCAGCCCAACCCAACCUACAAAGAGACAUUUGUGUUCCAGGUGGCGCUAUUCCAGCUGUCCGAGGUCACCCUGCAAGUGUCGGUGUACAGUCGGCGGAGCAGCAUGAAGAGGAGAGAGCGGGUUGGCUGGGUCGCUCUAGGCCUCAACAGCACCACAGAGGAACAAGAGGAGCACUGGACCCAGAUGAAAGAGUCAGAGGGACAGCAGGUCUGCCAUUGGCACACCCUCCUCGAUUCAUAGAGGUGCAAGCAAACAAUGCACUGUGGUCUUCUGAAGGUUUAGUAGGACAAUAUGAGGAAAGAUGUAGGGUUUUGUUGACACUAAAUUGAAAAUUCGGUUCUAAUUUACUUCAUGUUGCUCCAAGCAUAUAUGACUUGAUUUCUUCAGGAAACAUCACCCGUUAUAUGGCUUUAAAAGACUGGAAACUUGAAAUUUUCCGAGUUUGACAACCCUUAUUUACUAUAUUUAUAUUGAAAAGUGUUCAUGUUUUGUGUUCCAUGGAAGAAAGAAAGUCAUAGGGGGUUUGGAACAGCAUGAGGGUGAGUAAAUGAUGACAGAAAAGUUAUUUUUGAGUGAACUUUUCCUAAAGUAGUGAGUUCAAAAUUGCGGCCAUGUUUGCGAAACGUCGAAUUAGGUUCGUUGUUCAUCACGUUGUUCAUAAAGCACCACUGAAUUCAUAGAAAUUUGCAAUUGUAUCGAUUCCUACUGAGAUGACUGCAAUUUGCCCCCUUGUGGAAUUCCUCCUAAAAGUGAUUGUUCACCCUCAUGUCGUUUCAAACCCGUUCAUCUUCGGAACACAAAUUAAGAUGUUUUUAAGAUUCCAAGAGCUCUCUGACCCUCCAUAGACAGCAAUGCAACUACUGCAUUCAAGACCCAGAAUAGACAACUGAACAUUGUUAAAAUAGUUGUCGCGGUCACAUGCGUGUGGUGGUGCUGCGCCAUUGUGAUGUAAGAACAUCCAUCUGAUAUUGUCUGUAUAGUCCGAAGAAGAAAAAAUGUAAACUCAUCCUCUGUCGAAAUCUUCAGAAUGUUUACGAAGACUGUUUUAUGUAGAGUGUACAUCUUUUUCCACUCAGCUUUGUAAAAUCGACGACCUUUCUGGGCCUUGAUUUCAUCAGAAAUAUAUACAUUUUUGCUCGGAAGAUAAAUGGAGGUCUUGGAAUAACAUUAAGAGUAAUUACUGACAGAAUUUAAAUUUCAGGGUGAAGUACCCCUUUAAAUGUUAAUGCGGUCGCAUAUUAAUUUGUACUGUAGAGGAAUCCUCCAUGUUGGAGGUGCUGUUGACCUCUUAGAGAGACUGUGUUCCUCAGGAUAGCAGUAAUGGAUCUGCUGUUUUUUGCAGUGUUGGAAUGGGAAGGCAGAAGACUGAUUGAAAAAGACGCCUUAUGACAACAAUAGAACAUUGAACUACUGCCAUUGGCACUGCCAUCUAUACCAACUGUUUAUUCCCAUCAAAGCAUAACUGCAACUGUACUGUAUUAUUGGCAGUUGCAUAAGCAUUCAAAUUACUUGAGGUUUAGCCUUUGUACUUGACUUGCAAAUAUGCAAAUACAAAUAUGCACUGCAUGGUAAUAGCUAAAGCAUCAAGAGAAACAUUCAGAAUACAUAUCGGACCAAAGCGCAAGACCAUACACAUAAUUCUGUUUUAUGAAGGGAUAUAGGGACUAUAUCGCACCAGCAAUAUUGCAAAAAUAUUUCAGAUGAACAUAUACAAACAGUAGGGCUGCUUAGGACUGUCUAAAUGCAUCCAAGUACAAGUAAUCGAUGUCUAAAUGUAACUGAUGCAAAUUUGAGUAAUUUAACUCCUACUUUUGUCAUCGGUUUUCAUAUUGUGUAAGCAAAUGCUGCAUUAUGCAUACGUUAAUGCUGAUUCAGGUUCAUUUUUAAUCUUUGGACACUAUACAUUUAAUAAAAUUCAAAUUUACAAACA